AUGUCGCAUAGUGCCCAUGCCACCAUCAUAGAACAACAGAACGACAUCUAUUACGGCACCGAAGUGCUCAACAGAGUGUCGUUCUUGAGGGAAGACCCCGACUUCAUCACAGACAGCGUAGGCCACGCCUCGGCUCGGUUCAUCUUCUACGAAAACACCAACCCAUUGGUCAACAGCCAGUUGGAUGACAAGUUGGUGCUCCUUACCAACGGCGAUAACCAGUUGGAAGGCCCCCAGGUGUGCAAGAAGGGCUUGCAAAAUUUGCAGCAGUGGACCCAGGUCGUGGAAACCUGGGCUGAGGCCAACAAGAACCACGAUGCCAGCAUGCGUGCUCCCGAGAGGCCCACUUUCCUCUUCUUGGGGCUCCAGGACGAGAGCGUGGGGCUUGACUUGAAGAGCUUGAAGGCAGCGGACGAUGGCGAAAGCGAGCACUACUUGGACCACCAGGGCCGCUACCAGGGUAUUCCCUACUAUGCUGUGGACGUCACCAACGCCCCAACCGUCCGUGAUCUCGUGGUAGAUUUCUACAACUCCGAGAUCAACAACAAUAACCAGUCUGCUGCCGACAACGACGUCAUUUUCACUGCCCACAGAAAGCACCAUAUAGGCUUCACCAACACCGAGGCUUCUUUGUUCUCGCACGGACGUAUGUUCUUGGACUGGUUGGCCAGAAAUAGGUUCUGUCCAGGAUGUGGAUCGAAGGUUAUUCCAGUCCACGCUGGAGGCAAGUUGAAGUGUACCAACAGCGAGGCUUCCGAAUGUCCUGUGCAGAGCGCCACUGUGUCCAAUGUGUCAUUCCCCAGAACGGAUGCUGUGAUCAUUACCGCAAUCACUAACACCGACCGUACCAAGGUGUUGUUGUCGUUGGCAAAGAGACAUGCCCACACCAACAUGUACGCAUGUACUGCAGGCUUUAUGGAGCCCUCGGAAACUGUGGAAAUCGCCACCAAAAGAGAGAUCUGGGAGGAGACUGGCGUGGUGUGCAAGAAGAUCAACGUGGUGUUGACCCAGCCUUGGCCGUUCCCUGGUAACUUAAUGAUCGGGUGUAUCGGGGAGGUCGAGUUUGAUGGUGAAAGCGAGGUGGUCAACUUGGGCCACGACAGAGAAUUAUCCGACGCCAGGUGGUUUGACAUCGAGUUCGUGCGCAAGUUGAUCUACAAGAACGAGGUCAAGGACGGCGAGGAUUUCAACCCCGAAAACAUCUUGCUUCCAUUCCCCGAGAGCAUUGCCCAUUCCUUGAUCAAAUUGGCAGUGGACCAGGCCGGCAACAAAGGCAAGUUGUAG